AUCCAUAAUUACAUAUAAAUGUGGUUUUAUUAAGGAGGAAGAAACUUCAAUAUAUACCUCACCUUCCGUAUAUUCAUUGCUUCUUCUUUGUUUGUAAUUGUGGAAGAACAACCCAUCAAUCAACAUCCGACCAACCUAAUUCUCCCUUAGACUCAGAAACAAGAGAUGGUGGGUAAGCCCAGACCACAGUUCGUUCUCUUUGGCUCUUCCAUUGUUCAAUUGAGCUACAGUAAUGGCGGUUGGGGAGCUAUUCUCUCUGAUAUAUAUGCUCGCAAAGCAGACAUCUUGUUAAGAGGGUAUUAUGGUUGGAACUCACGUCGUGCUCUACAGGUUCUAGAUCAAGUUUUUCCUAAGGAUGCUGCUGUACAGCCGUCUUUGGUUGUAGUUUAUUUUGGCGGUAAUGAUUCAAUGGGACCUCACUCGUCUGGCCUAGGACCGCAUGUACCACUUCCUGAAUACAAGGAGAAUAUGAGAAAGAUUGCAAAACAUCUCCAGAGCCUUUCAGAUUCAACCCGCAUAAUUUUUCUUAGUUCUCCUCCUGUGAAUGAGGAGAAAGUUCGUGGAAAUGCAAGUGGAUUCUUCAGUGAGCUAGUAAGAACUAAUGAGUUGUGCCGACAAUAUUCAGAAGGUUGCAUUGAGGUGGGUGAGGAAACAGGCGUAAAGGUUAUUGAUCUUUUUACUGCGUUUCAGAGAAGAGAUGAUUGGAUGAAUGCUUGUUUUACGGAUGGGGUUCAUUUAUCCGAGGAAGGGAGCAAGAUAGUGGUUGAGGAGAUAUUGAAGGUGCUCAAGAAUGCUGAUUGGAAGCCAUGCCUACACUGGAAGUCCAUGCCAACAGAAUUUUCAGAGGACUCACCAUAUGACCUUGUUGCAGCCGACGGGAAAACGACCUUAAACCCCUCUGAGUGGACUUUUCACAGGGAAAUUCAGUGGGACUAGUUGCCUGUAUUCUUUCUGCCUGCUUUUGUAAUGCAGAGGCUUUGCACUUGUAAGUUGUAAUCGAAUCAUGAAGAUACUUAUUGCAUGACGCAACCCUUAAAAUGGGAAAAAGAAGGACGAAAGAGUGAAAAAGAUUAAGAAGAUUGUAUACUCUGAACAUUCUAGUUGUAUAGUGCAAAACACUAUUAUUUAUAUAGCGCACUCGGUUCUAGUAAACAAUAAAGUCUUUAGAGACUGUCUUGGGUCAUUUGAAAAACAGUCCAUGUGGUGUAGCCACUGGGUAUUGUCGUUACUUAUUUAGAGUUUGGAAAAUGCUUUACAUUAUAUCAACAUUUUCAUGAA